AGCGUGCUGGUGAGGGGAGAGCAGGGCCAGCAGGGACGGGGGGCUCAGGGAGCCAGGGGCAGCUCUGCCCUGAAAGCCGAGCCACCUGCACACUGCUACCUGCUGAAUAAUAGAGGAGCUGACAGCCAGCCGGAGAGAAAUGUGAUCCUGGUUAGCCAGCCGGAGAAGACAUCUGAGCUCUCGGCAGCUGCGAUAGCAACUGCAGGGAAGGAGCCUUCCUCCCUGCUGCUCUGUGUGGCGCAGCAUGGCUGGGGUGGCUGGAGGUCUCUGCCCAUCCCAGUGUGCCUGGGCAGCUGGUGCCCACUCUGGGGGCACGGGCUCGGAGAUCAGAGGAUGAUGUGAGCUGCAGCAGGCACCCAGCAAGGCAGAGCUCAAGGGCAGAACUGGCUUUCCCAGGAGGUGAGGCAGAAGGAGCCUGCCUGCAGCCAGUGCCCGCGCCCUGGGUCCGGCAGCUCAGCCCCAUGUCCAGAGGAGGGGACAUGGUUUAUAUCCCGGAUGACUCCGACUUCAGCUCCUUCAGGGAUCAGUGUGAGAGCCUGGAGGGCUGGCACUGUCGGUAUAACAAGGCUGGCGUGACCGUGUGGAGUCAGGGCCAGGAGGAAAGCUGCACCGUGCAGAAAAUCAAGACUCGCAUCUCCUGCAAAGACGUCCCUGCCGAGACGCUCUACGACGUGCUGCAUGACACCCGCUACCGCAAGAAAUGGGACUCGAACAUGAUCGAGACCUACGACAUCGGGCGCCUGACCGUUAAUGCUGAUGUGGGAUACUACUCCUGGAAAUGCCCGAGCCCUCUGAAGAACCGGGAUUUCGUCACCCUGCGCUCCUGGCUGCCCCUGGGCAAUGACUACAUGAUCAUCAACUACAGUGUCAAGCACCCGAAAUACCCACCCCGGAAGGAUUUUGUGAGGGCCGUGUCCCUGCAGACAGGUUACCUGAUCAAGGCGAAUGGUGCCGGUGGCUGCAUCCUCUAUUAUCUCACCCAGGUGGACCCUCGCGGGUCACUGCCAAAGUGGGUGGUGAAUCGCGUCUCCCAGUUUGUGGCACCAAAGGCAAUGAAGAAGAUCUACAAGGCUGGGCUGAAGUACCCAGAGUGGAAACGCAAGCACGACCCCGGAUACAAGCCCUGGGUGUACCCGGAGCAGAACACGCUGCCCAAUGUCAGCCUGGCCGAGCUCUCGGUGCAGCAUGCCGACUCACUGGAGAACAUCGAUGAGACGGGGCUGCCCGAGGACCACCUGAGCACCAGUGACCAUGAGGCCUGAGCCUUCGCUGCAGCCCUCUCACGGGGGGAACCCCUUGUGACCAGGGCUUGGCAGCCAAGGGGCAUGGGUGGGAAUUUGGCCCCCUGCACCCCAAUAGUCACGUCUGCUCUCCAACUCCUUCACCAUAGACCCCCUUACCCGGGCAGCAGGGUACUGUCCCAUGGGAACCUGCAGCAUGGGUGCUGGAAAGAGGGAGGAUGGGCACCCUUGUCCCCCCUGCGCCCAUGGAGAUGUGUCCAUGCAGGAGGUAGAGCUGUCAGUGGGAGUGGGUGCCCCAAGGAGAGGCUGGGCAGGGCAAGAGAGGGGGAACCCUUCAUGGGGUGGGUAGGAGCUUUUGUGGCACCGGGAUAUCCCUUUGCCACUGUAAGACUUUCUAGGGGUGUCCCUCAAAGGUCCAGAAGUGGGGGGGGUGGGUUCUUUAGGGGUCCUGCCCAGGCUUUGCAGCAGCACAGGGCUUGGACUGACACUCUCUGGCCCGAGUUCCAGCUCUGCCAGCCCUGCAAUCAGGCUGGACCCACUCCAGCCCACCAAGCCCCCCCCAGGCUUUGUGUGACCCUCCCCCAUCUUAGGGAGCCCUCCCAGGUCCUCCCCUGGGCAUCAGGCUCACCUCUGCAGGCUGGCUGGCUCUAGACCAGCUGGCUCUGGGGACCCCUUCCCCAGGUGGUGUUUGGGGGGGGGGGCUUGUCCUGGCAGCGGGGUCUUGGGCAGCCUCUGUCCCACUGUCUCAGUGUUUGCUGCUGCUGUGGUUUCUGGCACAACAAUAAAGGGGUUGGUGUGUGUGCGAGAGA